AUGGCCAGCACCAACGCCCCGGAGCAGCCAGCCCCUCAGCUGUCCCAGCCCAUCUCCCUAGGAGCCAAGGACUCUUCUGGGUGUCAUCGCAGCUCAGCGGGGGAUGACCUGGAGUGCCUGGUGUGCCGGGAGCCCUACAGCUGCACGCGGCCACCCAAACUUCUAGGCUGCCAGCACACCUUCUGUGCCGUCUGCCUGAAGCUCCUGCUGUGUGUGCAGGGUGGCACCUGGUCCAUCACCUGCCCACUGUGCCGCAAGGUCACUGCUGUCCCCGGGGGCCUGAUCUGCAGCUUGCGUGACCAGGAGGUGAUGGGGAGACAGCUGACUCGCCCUUGUCCUGAGGUGCAGCUCUGUCCUCAGGGGUUGGCAGACUCUGCCACCUUGACAGUAGGACACCCCAACCUGGCGGGAGAAGAUGGACAAGAUACGAUGAGUGUCAACCGCAUGGCAGCCCGGCGCCUGGUAGCACACCUGCUCCUCCUAGUCCUGCUCAUCAUCCUCAUCCUCCCCUUCAUCUACCCAGGUGUCAUCAGGUGGGUGCUGAGCUUCAUCAUUGGCCUGGCUCUGCUGAUGUCCACCCUCUUCUGCUGUCACCCCAGCAGCCGGGGCAGCUGCGGCCCGUCCUCCAGAACUCUCUUCUGCAGAGAGAAUAAACACAGCCACAUCUCGUCAGUUGCCUGA